UUAGAAUAGAAGUUAGAAGUUAGAAGUUUUAGAACACCAAACCCGACAACCCCGCUCCUCCUUCGUAACUUGACUUCCCGACGAGAUGUAACUCCGUUUUCCUUCUCGUAAAACCACCUGCCCACCAUGCUCGGAAAACCACUUCCCGGAAAGAAAACAUCUUCAGCAACCGCCGGCACCACCACCGCCGCCGGCGACGCUCGCUUCCUCCAUGAAAUCGAAGCCCUAAGCAAAGCCCUCUCCCUCGAUCCCAAGUCCCAUCGUCGUUCUCUCCCCUCCUCCUCCUCCUCCCGCUCCGUCUCCGCUGGCCGCUCUCACCCCUCCAAACCUUCGAAGAAAUCCUCCUCCUCGUCGUCGUCGUCGUCUUCGAUCUGGAACUGGAAGCCCUUCCGAGCGCUGUCCCAUAUCGGGCGUCAUCGAUUCGAUUGCUUGUUCACUCUCCACGUUCACUCCAUCGAUGCCAUCCCUCAAUCCCUUGCUGGCGCUGGCCUCGCCGUCAACUGGCGGCGCACCACCGACCCCUCUGCCUCCGCCGCGUGCACACGCACCGCUCGUGCCUUCCACUCUGUCGCCGAGUUCGAUGAAACCCUUACCCAUAUUUGCUCUGUUUACGCCUCUCGCGGCAGCGGCGGCUCGGCCAAAUACGAGGCGCGGCACGUCCUGAUUUACGUUGCUGUGAAUGAUGCUCCCGGGCUGGACCUCGGACGGCACCUCGUGGAUCUCACCCGCAUCUUGCCGCUGUCAUUGGAGGAGCUCGCGGAGGAGAAGGCGUCGGGGAGGUGGAGCACUAGCUUUAAGCUUUCUGGGAAGGCAAAGGGGGCUGUGCUCAAUGUGAGCUUGGGAUACUCUUUUGUGAGGAAUCAAUCCAAGCCAGAGCCGGAGAAGAAGGUUCCCGAGAUUCUGAAUGCCAGUGUUAAUCAGCAGAACUCCAUGGGCGCCGUGAGAGACGAUGAUGACCAUGAUCCAAGCCCUAUGGAGGAUGUGAAGGUGCUGCAUGCUGUGUUGCCGAGUUCUCAUUCGGAUGUCUCCGGCCAUGCUGAUGUUCAUAAGGAAUUGGUCGCCAAGUUGGAGUCUUUGGAGGUUGAUUUCAUUGUUGAUCAAGAGAAGGACUCGCCUGAACUGAAGGUUUGCACAUUGCCUGCGUUUGAAAAGGAAAUGGAGAAGGAGGAGGUUGAUGAACCCCCCGAAUUCAUGGUUGUUGAACAGGGAGUGGAACUGGCAGAACGGGAGCUUGAAUGCCAUGAAGUUGAUAUUGCUCAAGUUGCUGUAAAGCCUGAGAAAGAAGUAGAUGGAGCUCUAUCUGGUGAACAGAGCACCGGAGAGAGCAAAUGUGCUUUGUUGCCUGAGGGGUUGAUGAUAGAGGAUUUAGAAUCAUCUGUAUUGGAUAACCUCUCAGCGCUUGAAUCUGAGGAUUGUUUGGUUACUCCAUCAUCAAAGGAACUCAGCUAUAAUGAGGCGAAAUCAAAUUAUAAGUCAGGAGGGCCGAGGAGCAAAUCACUUAGCCUGGAUGAUGCCACAGAUUCAGUAGCUGCUGAGUUCUUGACAUUGCUUGGUAUAGAGCAUAGUCCGUUUGGUGUGAGCUCAGAUAGUGAUCCUGAAUCACCGAGGGAACGUCUUUGGAAACAAUUCAAGAUGGAAUCUUUAGCAGAUGGUGAUGGGAUUUUUGGGCUUGACAUUGGAGUAGGGAAGGAGUUGGGUUUUGAGGAGUACUCAGAGGAUAUUGAUCUCUCUUCGAUAGUACUUGAAGCUGAGACAGAGCUUCAGAAGGCGACACAGGCAAUGGACAGCAAGUCAAGGGCCAAAAUGAUGGAGGAUGCGGAGACAGAAGCUUUGAUGCGUCAGUGGGGCUUGAAUGAGAUGGCUUUUCAACACUCACCUCCAGGGAGCAGGAGUGGAUUUGGUAGUCCUAUUUCCCUUCCGCCUGAGAAACCGAUCGAGUUGCCACCUCUUGGUGAGGGUCUGGGACCAUUUCUCCAAACUAAGGACGGGGGAUUUCUGCGAUCAAUGAGCCCAUCUCUUUUCAGGAAUGCCAAGAACAAUGGAGGUCUGGUCAUGCAGGUUUCAAGUCCUCUUGUCGUGCCAGCAGAGAUGGGUUCUGGCAUCAUGGACAUUUUGCAGAACUUGGCUUCAGUUGGAAUUGAAAAGCUAUCGAUGCAAGCAAGCAAGCUGAUGCCUUUGGAAGAUAUCACAGGAAAGACAAUGCACCAGGUAGCAUGGGAAGCUGCACCAACUCUCGAGUGGGGUGAGAGGCAGGAUUUGUUGCAAUGCAUGGAACCAGAAGUGAGUGUAGGAAAUGGCAGGGCUAGAAAGAAAGGUAAGGGCCUGGACUUAGCUUCGUCAGUUAUGGGGGAAGCGGAAUCAGAGUAUGUUUCAUUGGAAGAUCUUGCUCCAUUGGCAAUGGAUAAAAUUGAAGCCCUGUCAAUUGAGGGGUUGAGAAUACAAUCUGGUAUGUCAGAUGAAGAGGCUCCAUCAAAUAUCCGCGCUCAAUCCAUCGGGGAAAUAUCAGCAUUGCAAGGGAAAGAUGCCAAGAACAAUUUGUCACUAGGCUUAGAGGGUGCCGGUGGAUUGCAGCUGUUGGAUGUUAGAGACAAUGGAGAUGAGGUAGAUGGGCUGAUGGGUUUAUCUAUCACACUGGAUGAGUGGAUGAAGCUAGAUUCUGGAAUAGUCGAAGAAGACCAGAUAAGUGAUAGGACAUCGAAAAUUCUUGCUGCUCACCAUGCUAAUCCGAUGGAACUGGUUACUGGAGUAUCAAAGGGGGAAAGGAAAGGGGGCAAGCGAUCAGGUAAAAGGUGGGGAUUGCUUGGGAAUAACUUCACGGUUGCUUUGAUGGUGCAGCUUCGGGAUCCUUUGCGGAACUACGAACCAGUUGGAACACCAAUGCUUGCUUUGAUUCAAGUGGAGCGAAUUUUUGUUCCUCCAAAGCCUAAAAUAUAUGGUAAUGUUUCUGAUAAGGGGAAUAGUGAAAUCGAUGAUGAGCUCGAGACUAAACCUGAAGCAGUGAAAGAAGACAAGAAAGAGGAGGAAGAAACCAUCCCGCAGUUCAAGAUAACAGAAGUUCAUGUUGCUGGUUUGAAGACAGAACCUGCCAAAAAGAAGGUUUGGGGCACUCCUUCUCAGCAACAGUCAGGAUCAAGAUGGUUACUUGCUAGUGGAAUGGGAAAAAGCAAUAAGCAUCCUUUUAUGAAAUCAAAAACUGUCACUAAAACUUCUCAAGCAACUACAACAGUUCAGCCUGGGGAAUCUCUCUGGAGCAUUUCUUCACGAGUUCAUGGCACUGGGGCCAAAUGGAAGGAAUUGGCUGCGCUUAACCCUCACAUAAGAAAUCCAAAUGUCAUAUUCCCCAAUGAGACCAUCAGAUUGCGAUGAACUAGUUAGAGGAAGUAUAUUCUUUGUGAGUUACCUGGUCAUUGUAUGGUAUGUAUUGCACACCUUGUAGAGGGUACAGUCUGAUAGAAGCCAAUCAUGGGCUACUCUAAUUUACCUGUUUCAACUAUAUAUGUAUGCUAUGUAAAAUAGAAGCUGUUGGCAGAUCAAUUACGGGUGAAUAAAUAUUGCAGUACACUCCUUGUGACUGGUGACUUUGGAUGCUGUUCAACUGGGAGCCUUGUUUACCUUGCUUCUUCAAAUGUAAGGUGCUGAUGCAUUGUGCUGAAGACAAAUGGCUUCUGAUGCCAUCAGCCUUGUUCGCCAGUUUCUACCUCCUGAUUGUUAUUUGAAAGUUCUCCCCUUUAUACAAGCAUGCUCAUUGUACAUUUUUUUUUGCCUUAUAUCAGCACAAACAAUGCCCUCAAUAUUUCAUUGUCUGUUUAUAAUUUAUGCAAUCUUGUGGGCAAUUUCUUCA